UAAAUACUUUUUUGCCCCACUGUAUGACCUCCUCGUGUGUAACUUAAAAUAAUGGAAACAUGCAACAAUGGAGUCAAAUAUAAAAUGUUAGUUUAGGGUGCAUUGUUAGUAUUAAUAAUAAAACCAUACGUUUAAAAUUCAUAAAAAAGUCCUCGAGGAGCAUUAGUAAAAAUAUAAAUACACAAUAAAUAAAAUAUAGAUACUCAAAUCUAAAUCAAUAAUUCAAGAUUUAAUUUAAAAAAGCUCAAAUAGUUCAAAGCAGUCCCUUUCAAUGAUGUAUGUAUAAAUAAAGGAAUAUAAAGUAGGGUGGAUCUGCAGGUUUACCAUCACCACAUAGAGGGGGUCUAAAAACAUCUGGGGGGAGGCCAGGAGGAACCUGUUAAGGUAAAAGUCUUAAAAAGAUUAGUAAUCAUUUAAAACUAAAUGUUGUUUAAAAGAGAUUUAAGAAACCGUCCGAUAAAAAGGAGGUGGAUCCAUCAUUGGAACUUUUCAUUGAGGCCCGUGGGGUCUGUCGUUUUGAGGCGAUGAAUCUACCUCCUCUCCGCUGUUCGUCUCUGCGCCGUGGUCCAGCUCUCGCCACUCUCUAGACCCAAAGACUGAAGGUUCUUUGGGCCUUGGAGUUUAAAAUGAAGGUAGAGAACGCUCGAUCAGAGAUCACCCGAUACUCCCUCAGCGCGUCGCAGCCCGCCCUCGCCCCCUCAAAGUUGGCUUUAAGGCCACUGAGGAGGCUGCCCAGGCUGCUGGAGUACGUGGUCACGAUUAGGAUGAGGGCAGGACCGGACGGCCGAGUAGAGGUGUCUUGAUAUUUAUCUGUGGAAGUCCGGCCGACCUCUGCCUUGAUGGACCUCAGGAAGCGCCUCGAAUAACCCGGCGCCCUCAGCGAACUGAAGAGUGUCCAGCAGGAAGCAAUGUCCCCCCCACGCAGGGUGCUGGUUACCGGGGCAACGGGGCUGCUGGGCCGGGCAGUGUGCAGAGAGUUUGAGGGGGGGGGCUGGGCCGUGAUUGGGACAGGCUUCAGGAGAGCUAAGCCCCGCCUCCUGCGCUGUGACAUCACUGACGAGGAUGCUGUCAGGGCUCUGCUGCAGGAGUACAGGCCUGACGUGGUGGUGCACUGCGCUGCAGAGCGCCGUCCUGAUGUGAUGGAGCAUCACUCUGAAGCUGCUGUCCAUCUGAACGUGCACGCCACGAGCACGCUCGCCAAGGAGGCUGCUGCAGGGGGGGCGCUGCUGCUCUACAUCAGCUCGGAUUAUGUGUUUGAUGGGAGGAACCCUCCCUACGGAGAGGACGACUCCCCCUCCCCUCUCAACCUAUACGGACGAUCAAAACUGGAGGGAGAGAGAGAAACCCUGAGACACUGCCCAGGGGGGUUGGUGCUCCGGGUGCCAGUGCUGUAUGGGCAGGUGCAGUCUGUGGGGGAGAGUGCAGUGACGUCUCUGUGGGAGACACUGCAGACGGGGGAGGACAGAGGGCUGGACCACCUGAUGAAGAGACACCCCACCCACACUGAGGACGUGGCUGCUGUCUGCAGGAAGAUCUGUGAGAGAGCGAGAGAGGACCCGUCUGUCAGGGGAGUGUUUCAUUUCUCCGCCAAAGAGCAGAUGACUAAAUAUGAGAUGGCCGUCUGCAUCGCUGAGGCCUUCAACCUGCCGACCGGCCACCUGAUACCUUUGACGGAGCAGCCCCCCCCCCAGCAGUUUGCUCUUCGACCAAUGAACAGCCAGCUGAGCUGUUGCAGGUUAGAACAGCUGAACCUGUCUGUGGAGCCGAGGCCCUUCAGAGCCGCAGUACAGACCUGUCUGUGGCCCUUCACCCCCGACAAGCUGUGGAGACAGACCGUCUUCCACUGACGGAAAGACAGGUUUUUAUGUAAACACUGUAAACGGAGUUGUGUCUCCAGCAGACAUUAUAUUCUAUUAUUAUUAUUAUACUUUAAUGGUUGUUUAUUUGUGUAAUGUUUAUUUGUUUGUUCUUGAGUUCAUGCUGUCAUAUUUUCUCUGAAAGGACCAGCGACAGACAUUUAUUUUGAAAAACAGGACUAGUGUACAGUGUCCUUCAGCGGACAAACUUCAGCUGUGGUGAUUCUCUCAUUAAAGCCCUGAAACCCUGA